GGAAAAAAUGGACACAAUUAAUGCAAAGAAACACGUACAAGAUGGAUCUCAACCAGAUAAAGUGAUUGCAAGACACACAGAUCGAGCAGGAAUAGCAAGAGUAGAUGCUACAUAUUCAAAAAAUGGGUAAGCAAUUUGCAUAUACUAUCUUUAUCCACAUCAAGAUCUAUAUUUUUUUGUUUAUAAAUCAAACUUUUUAAUUUUGUAACUGAUUUUAAACAACGUCUCUAAUAACAGGUUACUUAUUAUUAUCGCCUAGUUUUUUUUUCUUUUCUUCCGUCAAUUAUCCGCAACGGAGGUCGAACAAUUUUCCUUCGAAAUCGUUGUCUUUAAUUGUUGUUAUUAACUUAUCGACAAUUUGAACGCGCUCGAAUUCAGUAGAACGCAAUCAGUUAGCUUGAAAGUGGAAGAACUCAACAAGCACUUUUCUAUUGUUGUAAAAUUUAUCCGAGCGAUUUAACGCGUACCGUGUAUGAUACUUAAAGAUCUACUCGAUUUAGCGAAUAGUAUAAAACUCGAUCGAAUUACAAAGGUUGAUUAUCCCGUCGUUGUUUUGAAAAUUGUACGGUGAUGUUUGAAAGGAAGACAAAGGAGAAUAAAGAAACGUUAUCAGCCGAUCAAAUUACAAGAAACACGUUAACUCGGGGCUGAAUUAUUUUCUAAUCAAACGAAGACCGGAUCGAUUUUCGAAAUUUGAUCUUCGUCGCUUACUCUCUCGAGUCAAGGGAAUCGUACAGAGAACACGCUAUAUUCGCGUUUACUUCCAGUGGAACCGCGUCUUUGCCGUGCCGUAUUCAAGCGAAAUCGUGUGUUUUAACGUGGCGUUUUUUAAUUAUAACUAUAACUUCUCCGGUGCGUUUUUCGGUUCGCGAUGCAGAAACUUUUGUCUACGUGGAAAUAUAAGUUACUGAGUUCUUCUCAGAAUGUUUGGGACGACGACGAUGACGACGACUACGAAGGCACGACGACGCACACGGUUCGAGUUCCUCGGUCGCAGGAAAUUAAAGAUUUCUCGAAUGCCAUCUCCGAGGUGAAAAUUAAUAUCGAAGGAAUGAGAUGUCAGAGCUGCGUGAAAAACAUCGAAGGAACCGUAGGCAGUCGAUCAGGGGUUGUAAGCAUCGAGGUAGUAUUGGAGGAGAAAAUUGCUUCCAUCGAGUACGAAGUGAACCAAGUUACACCCAACGAAUUGGUCGAAGCUAUAGAGGACAUGGGGUUCGUAGCUUCUUUGCACGGGGACGAGAGUAGCUGUGCCAAUAAUAAACAAAACAGUCCUCCGUUGGAAUCCACCCUUAGCACUUGUAGUAUACACGUCGAUGGAAUGACUUGUAUGUCUUGCGUGAAUACCAUUACAGGACUUUUAUCGGAGAAGUCGGAAAUAAGCGAAGCGAACGUCAGCUUAGAGGACAAGGAAGCCAAAGUUUCGUACAGCAGCAAGGAUAUAACGGCUGAACAAAUAGCCCGGUGCAUCGAAGAAAUGGGUUUCGAUGCAUUUGUCAAGGCAGUAAAUGGCAAAGUUCUCGUGACAACGACAGACUCGGCGUCGAAAAGUAACGCAACGAACGGACAAGUUCAAUUGCAAUUGAACGGUGUCGGCGGUGGCGGUGGCGACGAUGCGAAAGCUCAGAAUCAAGUAGCAAAAUGUUUUCUGCAUAUAACGGGGAUGACUUGCGCUUCCUGUGUUACUGCUAUAGAAAAGCACUGUAAAAAGUUGUACGGCGUGAAUAGUAUAUUGGUAGCACUGAUGGCUGCCAAAGCAGAAGUCACGUUCGAUCCAGAGAAAAUAAGAGCGGCUGACAUUGCCUCUAGUAUAUCCGAAUUGGGCUUCCCUACCACAUUGAUCGAGGAACCUGGAACCGGGGAAGGAGAGAUUGAAUUAAAAAUUACAGGUAUGACGUGCGCAUCUUGUGUAAAUAAAAUAGAAUCGACCGUAAAGAAACUGCCGGGUGUCCAUUUAGCUGCGGUUGCACUAGCAACUCAGCGUGGUAAAUUUAAAUACGACGUGGAAAAAAUUGGCAUCAGAGACAUCGUAGAAAGUAUCAACAAGCUUGGUUUUACAGCGACCUUGUUUAGUAACAGGGAUAAAGAAAAUCGGGAUUAUUUGGAUCAGAGAGAAGAAAUAAACAAAUGGCGAGCAGCGUUUUUAGUGUCUCUAAUCUUUGGCAUACCGUGCAUGUUAGCCAUGACAUACUUUAUGGUUGUCAUGUCCAUCGGUGGAAAGUCGCACGAGGACAUGUGUUGUGUGAUACCUGGUCUUUCUUGGGAGAACUUAAUUCUUUUUAUCUUUUCCACGCCUGUACAGUUUUUUGGCGGUUGGCAUUUUUACGUUCAAGCUUACAAAGCUUUAAAACACGGUACAACCAAUAUGGAUGUUUUAAUUUCUAUGACCACUACGAUAUCUUACUUGUAUUCGGUAGCCGUGCUUACAGCGGCCAUGGUAAUGCAAGAGCGCGUUAGUCCUCAGACAUUUUUCGACACGCCUCCGAUGUUGCUUGUGUUCAUCAGUUUGGGGAGGUGGUUGGAGCACGUUGCAAAGGGAAAAACGUCGGAAGCGUUGUCAAAGCUGUUGUCGUUAAAGGCAACGGAUGCAGUUUUAGUCACCUUAGGUCCAAACAAUGAAAUAUUAUCCGAACGUUUAAUCAGUAUAGACCUGGUACAACGGGGAGAUGUAUUGAAGGUAGUGCAAGGUACCAAGGUUCCCGUCGACGGCAGAGUUCUCUCGGGACAUUCGACUUGCGAUGAGAGCCUAAUAACUGGAGAAAGUAUGCCGGUACCAAAGAAAAAAGGAUCGGUCGUGAUCGGUGGUUCGAUAAAUCAAAAUGGCCCGCUACUGAUUAUCGCGACGCAUACGGGAGAGCACACGACAUUGGCACAAAUUGUUCGAUUAGUAGAAGAAGCGCAAACGAAUAAAGCGCCUAUUCAACAUUUAGCUGAUAAAAUAGCGGGUUACUUCAUUCCCCUUGUUAUAGCAGUUUCUAUAGUGACUUUGUUCGUUUGGAUACUAGUGGGAUAUUUAAAUAUAAAUCAAUUGCCGAUUUCGCACAACGAUCAGAUUAAUACAAAUGGCAUGAAUAGGGAAGAGAUCAUAUUCCAGUACGCUUUUCGAAGCGCUCUCUCCGUAUUAGCAAUAGCCUGUCCAUGUGCGUUGGGAUUGGCUACGCCAACCGCUGUCAUGGUUGGUACCGGAGUAGGCGCACUAAACGGUAUUUUGAUAAAAGGUGCCGAACCUCUAGAAAAUGCGCAUAAAGUUAAAUGCGUUGUAUUCGACAAGACGGGGACGAUAACCCACGGUGUGCCAGUGGUGACAAAAAUAGGUCUAUUCGUAGAUGAAAAAGUCUGCUCGUUAGCAAAAUUUUUAGUUAUUGUUUGUACAGCCGAAACGAAUAGCGAGCAUCCAAUUGCAUCCGCAAUUGUUCGCUUCGUGAAGGAAACGAUCAACUCCGAAGCAACCGGGAAAUGUUCUAACUUUCAGGCGGUCGCUGGUUGUGGUCUCAAGUGCAAAGUUUCGCACAUCUCGACUACUUUGGCAGAUGCUUCGAAAUCUGAAAAAAUUAUCAACUAUGUGAAUCAGGAAAAAAAAUUGCCUUCCGGAACGUAUACUUUGAACAACGUGCCGAUUGACGUUGUGCCGUUAGGGAGCGCCAGUCAAGAAAGGCAGAAUAUAAAUCUAGAAUUAUUACUGAGUCCCGAUUCUCACGGUGACCAAACUAAUACCGACGAUGUAUACGAAAUAUGCAUCGGUAAUAGGGAAUGGAUGCGAAGAAACGCUGUAACCACAUCGCAAGAGGUAGAGGCGAGAAUGGCUAGCGAGGAAGAUUUAGGUCAUACCGCGGUCUUGGCAGCAAUAAAUAAUGUGUUAGUGGCUAUGAUCAGUGUGGCUGAUACAGUCAAGCCGGAAGCCCACCUAGCAAUUUAUACUUUAAAGAAGAUGGGUUUAGAAGUGAUUCUUUUGACAGGAGAUAAUAGAAAGACUGCAGCCUCUAUUGCUAGACAGGUUGGUAUUACCAGAGUGUUCGCGGAGGUAUUACCUUCGCACAAAGUGGCCAAAAUUCAACGCUUACAAGACCAGGGUUUAAGAGUUGCAAUGGUAGGAGAUGGUGUCAAUGACAGUCCUGCUCUUGCACAGUCGGAUGUUGGUAUCGCGAUCUCUUCUGGUACAGAUGUUGCCGUGGAAGCUGCCGAUGUAGUUCUCAUGCGGAACGACCUUUUGGAUGUGAUCGCGUGUCUGGAUCUAUCUAGAAAAACAGUUCGUCGAAUAAGACUGAAUUUUUUAUUCGCCAGUGUUUAUAAUCUGCUGGGUAUUCCUAUCGCCGCUGGAAUAUUCAGUUCUUUUGGAUUCUUUUUACAACCUUGGAUGUCAUCGGCAGCGAUGGCUCUAAGUUCGGUGUCUGUAGUUGGAAGCUCUUUACUAUUAAAAUUAUACCGUAAACCAACAAAAGCUACUCUAGAAACUCCGGAGUAUAUAACAGCUAUGCACGCUCAUUCCACGGCAAGAAUGAUCGAUUUAGACACGAUAUCCCUUCAUCGUGGUCUGGACGAUUCUGUAAUGCCGAUUAUGCACAGAUCUGCAUCAACGUUGUCCAGGAUAUUCAGGAGAUCUAAAGACGAUGUAGAGGGUCGACUUCUCGGUGACGAUGUAGACGAAAUUGAUUUAGUAACGGAUUUCUCUGGCUAUCGCAAAAACGUAAAGGACCAUACAAACAUAACUCCUUUAUGACUUGUAAGAUAAUCUUUAUUAAAAUAUUUCGCUCACUUAUACAUAUUCUCCGCCAAUGGUAUUUGCUGAUAAUAAUGGUAUUUCUUAUUAAUAGAUACCUUUCACUAAUUUCAAAAUUACAUACAAAUAUAUUUUAUUUUCAUCGUAUAAUUUUCGUAAUAUUACGAGGAGAUCGAAGAAAUCAUUACAAAAAAUAGUUACGGUGCUUUUAUUGAAUAUUCGUAAUUUGUAAUAUUUAUCUUUUACAUAAAUUACAUUAUUAAAUUACUUUUGUAUAUUUCACCAUAUGUUUUAUACUUAUGGCAUUUUAAAGUUUAUAGGGACCAUGUUUUGAUUCAAGUACAUAUAAAAGACUUAUUUAUAUCUCUACAAGAUAUUUUUGAAAUUUACCUAAAGAAAAUAUAUGUACUUGUGCGUGCGUGUGUAGGUAUAUAUAUAUACUUUGUGCCACGUUUUUAACGUAAAAAUGUAUGAUAAUGUAUAGUAAAUAUUUUAUAUAAUA